CCCCCACCACUCAUCAAGAGUCCAGAGAAACAAACUAUUCUUGAUUUGCUUCCUAAACGGGCUACAAAGAAUACAUCCAAACCUGGCGACUUUGACUACGAAGAACCUCCACUGAACCCAGUUCAACCACCGGAAAAGAACAAAUUACCCCACCGGGAACAACAAAACCCCCAGCGAUCACGAGUGACUCACACAUCAUCCCCUGAUAGCUUCAAAACGGAAAUGUCUAGCUUCUAUGCACAGAUGGAGCAAGAACUAGCCGGUCAACCGGCAAAUGUUGGACGACUGAGCCAGUUAGGAAGUCAUGAUCCCACUAUGUAUAGACUGUGGAAGCGCAACAAACAGGGCUUGUCUGGUCGAAAAAAACCACGUAAAAAUGGUCGUCAUGCACGGCUUGCCGAGGCGGAGGAUUUCGAGUCCGACGACAGCGACGAGAACUUGGAACUGGGCAAUGAUUAUGAACAACAGCCUAGCACUAAUCAUACAGCAGUUGCAUGUGAUGAAAUGGCGAACCACGUGAUGCGAAAUUUAUGCGCAUCUGCGUUCCCUUCAGGUUCCGAAUUACAACCACCAACUGGUCCUGCAGCACAAUUGUUUGCUGCUCUCGGGAUUCCAGUCAAUCAGCUUGGUUCGGUACGACAAGGAAACCACGGUGCUCCGUAA